CUCCUGUUACAGUGUUACAUCCUACAGAACUCUGUGUAAUGAAAACAGUGAUGUCUGCUGCACUUUUAUUUGUACUUUUUCUCUCCUCUUUGAGCUACAGUUCGGCAUACGAGCAGCAGGAUGUCUAUGAGGAUCUCUGGACUAAGAGCAUGGACAUCGCAGACGAGACCCUCCAUGUCGACUUCAUGCAGCAAAUGCUAAACAACAGCCUGCAAGCUGAGCGCUACAUUAACUUCACCUUGCAGGACAUCAACUACUUGGUAGAGGUUACUGAUAUGCUGAAGACGAUGAGCAAGAAGGUCAAAAAACCAAAAGACAUUCAAGAUUUCAUGAUAGGAAGAUACACAAGUUACAAGAGUUUUUUGGACACGUUACUUCUCCAGUAUUUCUUUAAGGAUACACCUCCUAUCAAACCAACACCAGCCAUGAAGAAAUAUCUGGACACUUACAGAGCGGUGAUGGCAGAAGACCCUAUCUACUUUGCUGUAGCUCUCCUGCCCUGUGCCAGGCUCUGGGUGUGGCUGGCUAACAAUCAGGACAUACCUAAAUCCAGUGCCUACUACACAUGGAAAGUAGACAAUAUGGGUGGCCAUCCUGAAAAGCAUUACAAAGCUUUAUUGAACAAAUAUCUAAACAAAAACCAAAAAAUCACCAAAGCCAGUGCCCUUUUCCGCAGGCAAAUGCAGAAUGAGCAUGACUUUUUUGCCACUUCUUAAGUUGAUCAUAUUGUAAAGUGGGCAAGUUUGUCUUUUUUUCAUUAAACAAGUUUGUUGUUUCAUUUAAAAUCAUGUCAUGGUCAUAUUAACAUGUUUAAUUAAUAGUUUAAUCAACAAAAAUGACACUACUUUUAAUUUAUUUAAAAUUAUGAAUGGU